AUGAAAAAACAGGAGGAAGAGAAGCCAAAUAUUGCAGAAACUUUUGAAUCAGAUCUUGCAUCUAUUAAGGAAAAGGGCAGAGAUUUGAAAGGUACUGAUCGCGAUUUUUAUAACUCAAUUGUACAGAGAUUAGAAAAUAACGAACAGGUUUUAUCAGAUCUUCGAAAAGAGCAUACACAAUUAAGAAGCUCUCUUGCAGUACUUACAAAAGAGAAGCAGAAACGAACAGGCAGCAUUGACCUUCAUGCAGAUAUUAAACAUUCAACACACCAAGUUAACCUAUUAAAGAAGCAAAUAGAUAAUUACAGACAUAAGAAACAAGAAGCAGUUAAACGCCAAACAGAAUUACAAAUCCAGCUUCAAAAUCUUGAAGGCGGUUCCCAAUCAACAGACACAACAACUGAGCGAAUUCAAACUCUGAAGAAUCGAUUGGAUAAUGCUGAAAUUAAGAACAAUGAAACCAAGCAUCUUCUUAAAAUAUAUAACGCAAUUAUUUAUCAAUUCCAGCGUCAAAAGAUGCAAUGGAACAGACUUAUUGAAGCUCAAAAGAAGGAAAUUGAGCAGAAGAAGCGCGAUCUUGCUGAUCUCGAGCUUAUUGCAAGAGAUUCCGUUCAUUCAAUGAAUGCCGCCAAACUUGAGUACAACAACUUACAGGCAAAGACAGCAGCCGCACGUGAAAAGCGUGAGCAACAACUCAAAGCCAAAACUGCUCAAUACCAAGCAAAUUUGCAUCAACUGAUUAUGGAAGAUUCGAAUGAUGCAAGACAAGCGAAGCCACAGCAAUCCCUUAAUUCUCAGGCAUCUGUUGUAAGGAAUCGUAACAACAGAGCCCAAAAAGAUAAGAAAGACGAAAAGUUCAGAACGGUUUCUUCUAAAUACGAAGAAAUCGUUGAAUACUUCGGAACAGGUGAUCCAGAUGCAAUUGUCAAGUUCUUUGAGGAUCGUCGUAACACAUCUGCAACAUUAACAAAGCAAAUCGAAGAUCUCAAAGCCGUGAAUGACCAAUUGUCCAAAGAAGUCGCUCAAAAGCGUUCUGCUAUUGAUGAAGCAGAGUACACAUCUCAUAAAGGUGUUGGUGGAAACAGACUUCUCCAAGAAGCCAAAAAGAUUCUUUUGUCAGAAAAUGAGAAACUUCAAGAAGCAGAGAAAGAGAAACUCGCAAGCAUUGCUUUCAAAGAAUCAGUUGUUUCCGGCAUCUACCAUCUUGCAGAUGAGAUGCAGCUUGUUCAGAAAGAGCCUCUCAACGCAAAUUCACCAACAGAAGUCUUAGAUUGGAUCAAGGAAAUGAUUACAACAAUCAAACCAAAACUUGAAGAUGAAGACUAUGAUUUCAUGCAGAUUUGCAAUGCUCAGGUUGUUGCUUCUAAGAUUGCUGCUGAAAACAACUUCGACAUCAGAGAAACCGAGUCAUCUAAGAGAAUAACUAAACCUAAUAAACUCGGCGAAGUUCUCAAACAACAGAGACAAAAGGGAGACAAAGGUGAGUUUGUUAGCCGAGUUAUGGAUAGAAAUGCAACAAAGGCAAUGGCGCAAAGAAUUGCCCAGCAAAAAGCUGCUGAAAUUGCUGCUAAAAAGAAGAAAAUGUAA